GCCAUCAUAAUAAUAUGACUCAAUGAUCUUUAUUAGUAUUUAUAUUUAUGUCUGUAAUUCCUAGGGACUGAAAGAGCCGGAUAAAGUGUACAAUAAUAACACAAAAGCGAAAGUAAAAGUCCUUCCCACCAAUACACCAUUAGCAGCAAACAAUCGACCAGAUGAUUGCAUCGAAGAACAUUUGUCCUCUAAACAUGAAACGGUGACACAAAAAUUACAAUAUCAAGAACAUAGCAUUGAGAUGUCAUCAGAUUACAUUGAACCAUCUGAGAACAUUGACGAUUCAGACUUCGUCGAAUAUGAGGAAAGUGAAAUCAUUGAAAAAUCAUCACAAACGAUAACUGUAGAUAGUGAAGCUGUACGAGAUAGUGAUUCUGUGAAUGUUGACAUAGAUGAUGUCGUCAGCUCUCCAAAUGAUGAUGAAAGCAUAAAGAAAGGAACAAAUAUUCAAGGAGAAAAUUCCAUCAAACAAGUAAAUCAGAAUGCUUCAGUUUUAUCGAGAGGCAUGUUACAGAGUCAAUCUAAUGUAACGGAAACCAAUGAAACUUUAAGUUCUUCACAUUUACAGAGAGGGACUUCUUUACCCCCUUACCCGACACCUCCCUAUCCACUCGUGGAUUCUAUCACCGCCCCUCAUUCGGCUUCAGUAGGACCUAUGUUGAACUUUCAGCCUCGCAUUGGCUUUGAAGGUUUUGUUAAGCAUCCUCAUAUGGACUACACCAGGAGUUCGUCUUUGUACAGUACCAGUCAAAACCACCCAUCACAUUACAUGAUUGAACCUAAAAUGCCGAUGCCUAAUCCAGAAUAUUCCGUCUCAAAUUUAAAUACAGAUUCAUAACAUUCAUUCUGAGAGAAAAAGAGGAGAAUUUUAGAGAUUGACAAGAAUGGAUGAAUGUUCAGUGUUUUUUUUUUUAGCAAUUGCAUUAAUCUUUGAUCCUGUGACUGGUAAAAUGGGAGUCAGAA